UGCAGCCGAGCAAAUUGAGUUGCAGCUAACGUUUAAAGCUGCCAGCCGAACCCCGCUUCUUCCUUUCACUACGUAACACGUUUUUUUUAAUUGCUUCGGUUUUAUUAUUUCUAGCUUGCGGUAACGCGCUUUUUGCUUCUUUUUCUUUCACUUAUAGACAAUACUGAUUGUAUAUCAGCCCCCAAGACCGCGUCUUUGUGGGAAAUAACGAUCAAACAAUCAUUGUGACCGACGUUAAUAUUGGUUGAAGACAUAUCGAAUCUGAAUCCGAGUGGACGACAAACAGCAAGACAACAAGCAAGGACAUGCAGAAGAGAGGUCAGUGAGGAGGAUGACAAGAGAAGAACAGACGACGGCGAAGGAGGGAUGAGAAAGAGACUGAAAUAAGAGGAGGAAGUGGAACUCCAAAGUGCCUACUGCGAGGGGUUGUCUGCUGCUGUUUAGCUGCUGUCUGACUCUGCUGGAUGAGAGCAGGACACGGCUAAGUGUGUGUUUGGCCUUGAUUGGAGGCUGUAUUUUAUCCUGAUAGCCACAGUCAUCCAUCCCACGUUGCUGAGCUGCAGUCCCCUCAUACUCUGAGCUGAGCCACCACCUCGUCUCAUCAGUGCAAGGACACCAUCCCUGUAAGGUUCUGCUUUUUGUUCCUCUACAGAAAUCUCCUUUUUCAGGCUGACCAAACAUAGCUAGCACCGCAGUGACUGCCCCAGCCUUGGCCAUGUUGACGUGAAUGUAACAGUUGCUUACCGUGGGUGGCAGUUGAUUCAGGUGAAGGCACUACGCUCAGUGACAUAUCCAAGCAUGCCGGAGUGAUGUCCUCAGAGUAGUUUUUUCUUUUUUUUUUUCUUCGAGACAGAGCUGGCCUCUGCUCACAGUUAAACCCCUGUAUCUCACCCCAGUGAAACGUCAGCUGCCACUUUUCCCAGGAAGAACUAAUAAACAUCCUCUAAAAUACACCAACCAAAAGGACUUGCAGCCUGAGGAAAAAUAUUUUCACUUCUAUUUCCUCUGUGUUUUUGCUGGGGACUUUUUCUUGCAUCACUAUUAGUCACCCUUGCUCUCAGCAGACCGUUUUCCAUUCAUCUAUCUCCACCACUGCUCAGUGUUUGUGAGCGACUCUGAUGGCUGUCAGCAUGGCCAUGGGACGGGACACCAAAUGGCUGACCCUGGAAGUGUGUCGUGAGUUUCAGAGAGGCACCUGCUCGCGAUCUGAUGCUGAGUGCAAGUUUGCCCACCCCUCCCGGAGCUGCCAUGUGGAGAAUGGCCGAGUCAUUGCCUGCUUCGACUCUCUCAAGGGGCGUUGCACGCGCGAGAACUGCAAAUACCUGCACCCACCUCCGCACCUGAAAACCCAGCUGGAGAUCAACGGGAGGAAUAACCUGAUCCAGCAAAAAGCCGCGGCAGCCAUGUUGGCUCAACAGAUGCAGUUCAUGCUGCCUGGAGCACAGUUGCAGCCCAUAACAACAUUCCCAGUGACGCCCUCCCUGGCAACGAGUCCCAGUAUGGCAUUCAGUCCAUAUCUGAGCCACAUGGGCCCAGGCAUGGGCUUGAUGCCUGAGCUGCUGCCCAGUACUCCCCUGCUGGUCCCUGGGAGUCCCACCGGCCUGGCAGCCAUGGCCAACGGCACCUCCGCACAAAAACAUGUGCGCACAGACAAGCUGGAGGUUUGUCGAGAAUUCCAACGUGGUAACUGCACGAGGGGUGAGAGCGACUGCCGCUACGCUCACCCCCUGGAGGCUGGCAUGGUGGACUGCAGCGAGAACUCGGUCAUCGUCUGCAUGGACUACAUUAAAGGCCGCUGCAGCCGAGACAAGUGCAAGUACUUCCAUCCCCCGGCUCACCUGCAGGCCAGGAUCAAGGCUGCACAGCACCAAGCCAGUCAAACCACAGCGUCCGCAGCCUUGGCUCUGCCUCCAGGUGCCAUGCAGCCGCUACCAAAGAGGCCGAUUUUAGAGAAGAGCAACGGAGCUGCUGCCACUGUCUUCAAUCCCAACAUGUUCCACUACCAGCAAGCCCUGGCUAACAUGCAGCUCCAGCAACCAGCCUUCAUCCCCACCGUUCCCAUGAUGCACGGUGCCACCACCUCCACUGUUUCGUCGGCUUCGACCCCAGUCACCAAUGUUCCUUUCGCUGAAUCUGCCGCCUCGAAUCAGUAGACCCCUCAGAGCUUCUGACCCCUGAUCCAGUGGAGCUCCAGUGCGUUCCCAUGGAAACCCAUUACUGUCCCGUCCCCAAACUGCUGGUGGCCGCUCCGGUGGCGCUAAACUCAGUAAGCCUUUCCCGAAACCCCAGUUAAAGUCCCUGAGGCCUGCGCACUACCAGGGCGGUCAUCUUUCUGAAUGCAGCAAACAUGUGCCUCACCUACAGUGCACACUGACUGAGUGGCAAUGUGAAAGUUAUUAUAAGAUACUCUGAAAGUAACAAAGCUGCAAAGGUUGACGCAAUACAAGCCUGGACGUAUUACUUUUGCUUUAAAGCAGCCAUCCUGAUGCAUACUGACUUGAUCAGGCUGAGCAAUAGAGCUCCCUCGUUCUUACAGCCAUACAUGCCCACACCUUAAAAGUGCAGCAGACAUGUGCGCACACACACACACACACACACACACACACACACACACACACACACACACACACACAUUUAAGACUACAUGCCCUUUAUGGGUUGGAGCCAUCACACGAGGCAACCCAACACAUUUGACUGUUCCAAAGUCAGAAACUCUGAAAAGCUAAUUCUGGAAAUUCAGACCAUUCGAGUGGCAAAAGGACUCGCUGCUGGUCUACAACCAUUACGUGUUGUCAAAAUGAAAGUGUUUCAUAUCAUGUCAUGUUUACGUUUCAAGAUGGCUACAAAUGUAACAUUUGUGUUGUACUACAUCUACCAUUCAGUUUGUUCUCAUGGUCUCAUCUCGCCUGAUGAAACAUCAGUGAGUUGUUGUUCAUUUGUUUGUGCCUUUGAUUUAUCUGCUCAGCUGCAGGGGAGACUUAGUUUCCCAAAAGAAUUCAAAUCACCUAACAGCAAAUAUUGAAAGAUCUUAUUUGCAAUUAAAGGCAAUAUCUGUCAUUACAAAAAUACUGUGUAUCAGCCUAUAGCUCAUAUUGUAAAAUGUAGUAAUUACAGUGAUUGCCACUUUAAAAUUUAUAUUGUUCCAUACAUGUUCAGUAUGAUUUGAAUCAGUUUUGGUCCCCCAGUUUCAUGGUCAGUAUUGAUACUGAAAUUUCAUGUAAAACAACAACCUUAAAAAACUACAAAUUGACAGAGUGAGGUAAAAUUAGGACUCAAUCACUUCUAUAUUAAAGGAGUUGAGAGAUUUUUAAAAAUGUGGCUCUUAAUUUCGUGAUUUAAGAAAAGAUUUGUCUUAAAGCAGGUGAGGUUAUAUUCUCUGUGUGAAAAGAGUGUGUCUCUGGAAAAAUACAAGUACUAAACCAGACAGCUCACAUGAUUAAAACUGUUGAAUCUGAGUGAUGAGGUGUCUUUAGUCGCGAUGUCUGAUCAGUGAUCAUUUCUUGGCCGUGGAGGGUAAUCGUCAAAUGACUGAAAAGGAAGGUUUGUUUGUCCUGUUUGUGAUUCGAUAUCCAAACAUGGUGUAAAAGAAUGACAAUCUACAGGUGUUGACUUAUUACAACUUUGCCACAAACCCUGUUUUGCUGUGUCUAACUCACCUGAAAUCACAGUAAAGACAAAAUGAUAUUUCUGAGGGUCAGAUCCAAGAUGAGAGACUUUUAUAAUUGGCACAUCUCAAACUUCGUAUCAGAGUUAUUGCACAAGAUGGAAGCUGAAUUUGUUUCCUGAUGUUGUGCCUAAAGUCAGUGUGUGCCAAGUGGUGGUAUAUGCAAGGAGCUGCCCCCAUUUAAUGCAAUACCUGAAUAAUUCCACCAAAUAAAUGUCUCCCUCUCAAACGCAGAGAUGUAUUUUGACAAGGCAAUUUCUUUGUGUAAUUGUCUCCUUUGAUGAGGCUUUUGGAUUGAGUAAGUGGCACAAGAUUUGUAUGUUUUAUGGCUCUUCAGGGAGAAAGCUUAGAACUUGAAAAUGUCCUGUCUGACUUUAUAAUAUGUCGUCUUUUCUACUGAUGUGCCCUUUUUGUCAAAAGUCGUCAGACUCUGAAUACGGCAGCCACAGUUAUUAUAACCUGAACUGAGCUAUGGUAAAGCCAGGAGAUGGAGGAAUAAGUCACCCGUUUGAUGUCUGAUGGUUAAAAAAAAAAAUGAUGAACCAGUUGGAGUCAUGAUUUCCAAAUGUCUGUAAGGAAUUGCUCUAUAGGUGUGUAAAAUUGAAGGUAAGGCUUUGGAAACUGGGCUGAAAUCACUUUUAUCCAAAUUCAGAUGUGCCUCUCUCAAGUCUCCUCAAACCACCACUGUCAAUACACUGUAAGAACAGACCAGUGCUCAAAGAUCAAUGUGUUGUUUGGUACAUUAUUACAAGAGUAAAUCACAUCUGUACUAGUUUCUUCUCAAGACAGCUGUGCUGUCUUUGCAUUUAUGUAAAGAAAUAAAUCAGCGAGUUGUGUGCAUACGUAAGUGUGUUGAAAGAGACAAUGAAUCACAUAUUUGGUUAUUUGUAAAUGCUGCAGAUAUUAAGGCAUUUCUCACUGAGCAUUGUUCAUUUUAAAUAAUGUUAUUGUGUCGUGAAUGUAUCUAAUGCAAAAACUACACAUGCCCUUCUAAAAGACAGGCAUGUUGAAAUGUAAUGAUUCACUAUAUAUAGACUAUUUCUGAGGUCACAUAGGUACCAUGCUGAUACUGUGUUAGACAUAUUAAAGUAUGUGUAUUGUUAUAUAGAUUUAUAUUUAAUGUCAAUGAGUGGUGUGACUACUUUUAGAAAUAUCUUUCACUCUCAGAAAAGGUAGAGCAGAAUUGUACAAGUACAUUACUGUACCAUUUCUUGCUAGUCAGUUUUUGUAUCCCUACCUUCAAAGGUACCCAAAGUGCCCAAAAUGCACCUAGAAACAAUGGUAUAAUCAUUGGACAAAACUGAGAAAAUCAGCCUGUUAUCCUUUUUUUCACAUGCUGUGGAUUGGCCAGUUCUCUACUGUACUGCAGUUCUUGUUUCUGUUAACUCCCACUCUUCAUCCGGGAGGCUGCAUACAGAAGUGACAGUGUAGACACACCAUUCGAUGGGAGGUGAUAGUGCUGUGACAAAGAUGUAAUCCCUCACCGGCUUCCCAACCAUUAACACUGUCAACUGUGUUCAAUAGGGCCAAGUUGGAAGCACCACCUCCUGGGAUUGACCCUGGGUUUGAGUAGGUGAAUGUUACCACCUGGGCGUCCUGUGCUACCUUAACUGUAGCAACUGUACCUUAAGUUCACAUUGAAUUGGUAUAAAUGUGUCCCUUAAAGGAACAGCACACAUAUUUGCUUUUUUUCCAAGUAAGAUGAGAAGAUAUAUACUGCUGUCUGUUGAUGUUUGUGUGUCGAAUAUGAAGCUACAGCCAGCAGCCAAUCAGCUUAGCAUAAAGACUGAAAACAAGAGGCAACGGCUUGCCUCAAAUUAUCUAAAAGCUCAUUAGUUAACAUAUUGUAUGUUUGUUUAUGUAGUACAGAGAAAUGUAAAAACAACAAUUUGUAGUUUUAGUGCAAGUUAUGUACAGUAACUAUGGCUGUGUCUCAUCUGGUGGACAAACAGUUUAACUGCAAUUCUGCAAUUUCUUGUUACUUAUCAGCCAACAUAUACACAGACGCAGUAUAUCUACAGUUAGCUAAUAUCACCCGAUUUAUCAGCCUCACUCUACUUUGGACAGAACAAGAAUAUUUUUUUCCCCCUUGUUUCCACUCUUCGUGUUAAGCAAAGCUAACAGUCUCCUGGUUCAAGCUUCAUAUUUACUGCAGAGACAUGACAGUGAUGCCAGUCAUCUAAUCUAACCUCAGUAAAUAAGCAUAUUUCCCAAAAUACUUAAGUAUUUAUUUAAAGUACCAUUUCCUUUUAAACCAUAUGUAGCCCACUAUAUGCCUGUUAUCAUACAUUUGUGAAGAAAUGUACUUUUUGGUACAGAAACGUACUUCUCCUUUGAGUGUGUUGAGCAGCUACAUUUUCUCUGUGAAGAAUUUGAACAGAAAUUGUCCUCUCCUACACAAUUUAAUGAUUGAUGAUCAUGUAUGAUGAUGUAAUUGAUGAUUAGAAUGUCCAGACAAAUCAAGUUUGUCUAAAUCUUACAGCUUUGAAAGACUAGCUUUGUCCAGCCAAGAAAACCCCUCUCUCUAGCCUUCGUCUCCUCUCCCCUUUACAUCAUUAUGCCUUCACUAAUUGCCAUCCAGCUGGAAUAAAACAGAAUACUUGAUUAAUAAAUUGUGCCUCUUGAGGGCAUUUGAAUUUUUAAGUACUUUUGGACGUAUGUAUUGGUGCACAAGAGCGUGUCGGUUAGGGGGAUUGCAGUGUGGCGUGAGAAAAAUAAGUUUUUACCUCUGUCCCUCUCUCAUUCUCUUGUACUUGAUUUCCUUUAGGCCUCAUUGUAUUUUACCCAUACAGUCAUGAAUCAUUACUCUGGAAUAUGCAAAAUGCUCUGAUCAUUGUGUCCAGUGACCAGAUCCUUUAGCAUGUGGACAGUUAAUUCGGUCCUGAGCAUACUUGUGUUGCCCGGGGCACAAACAAAGGGCCUUAUUUCUCGAUCAGUGUAUAAAGAUGUGAUAGCUGUGUAUGAAAGUGACGUAUUAACGGUAAGUUAAGCUUUUUUUUUAGGUGACAUUUAAAAAAAACACAGCAUGGAAAUACAAAAACUCAUUUAUACAUAGUUAAUAGUUUGUGUAGACCAACAAGAAAAAAGAUAUAAUAUGAAAAUCAUUUGUAUACAAUGAUGGAGUCAUUGGUAAUGGUAAUAGUUGCUGUUGCUGUGGCAACAAAAUGACAACAUGGCUACCUUUCUAUUAUCCUAAUUGUGAAUUUUUUCACAUUCAUUGAAAUAACAUACAACACUAACUUAUUCAAAAAGGGAAUGUCUAAUUAGUUUGUCUUGUUAUUGCGACGUGAUUAAAUAUUUUGUAUGGAAAACUUAAAUCCUUGUUAUAUCCAAAGGUCCUUAGGGGAGAUCAGGUGUUUAUUUUGUUUUGUUUAUUUGACCUUAAUUGUUUUUUUUGUUCUCGUACAUGGUGUUUUUGAGAAAUAAGAAUGGACUUUGGCUUUUAAAGCUAACACCUAUCUGUCAGGGAGGUGAAGAGGCUUUUGGACUAAUGAAAAGAUCUUCAUCUUUUUCUGUAAAAUCAAACUAGUCAGCAAUGCUCACUGUUCACCUCCUGCAGACUGGACAGCCCUUGCUCAGUUUCCUCUGUAUGGAGGCUUUCAUUAGUGAGUUCUGUUUCAGUUUUAGCCAAGAAGGUGGUCCAGAAGCCUCUUCCUGCCCAGCUGUGCUGGGUGAUGUCGAUCCUUGCUGAGGUGUAUACGAAUGUGUGAUGUUCACCUUGUUUGCACUUAUGUACAUAACUCUGUCAAAAUACUCAAAAUUUAUUUUGAAUAAAUAUAGAUAAAAGAGUUGAUUAAAAAAAUCAAAUCAAUGUAUUGUUAAUGAUGUAUGUCUAUCAUUUUAUUACAGUAAAAAAAGAUUGCUUUGAGGGAUCUGUCCUUUUGUUUCUUUGCUAGAGCCCUGUUAUUUGCCAAGCAUGACAUUGCCUAGCUGUAAACCAUGAAUGGUUUGCUUUAAAAAAAAAAAAGAAGCUUUUUUCUGUUCAUUUAGUGGGAUGUUUUUGGUUCAACAAUAUCUCAAACAAAAGGGGUGGAUUAGAAGAAAUAGUUUGUCUGGAGCAUACAUAUUAUAAACCAGUACUAACCUUGUCCUUAAAUGCUCAUCAUGAAUACACAAGUGCAGGUGCAGUAUUCUGUCCUGUAAUGCACCAAAAUAAAGCAAAGAGGAGCUCCACCUGCAGGCUGAAAAGCAGCCAGGAAAAAAAGAAAAACUGGUACAAAAAUGAGACUUUGGAGGGACAUGGAUGUGAGAUGUGUUCACAGGGUUUUAAAUUCACUUUCAUUUUGUCAUUUUGUGGAACGGGUUAUUCUUUGCCCCCUUGGUGUCAUUAUCCAAAACAACAAUAAAUCUGAAUUCUCCUCAGGAUUUUAGUCAAAAUUGCAAACAACUUGGUUUUCCAAUGUUAUUCUUGCAUCAGCAGCAACAUCCUUAAGCAGCUUGUUUCCUUCAGAUUUGGACAUGUGAUGUUCUUCAAUUGCUAUUAAAGCCAGCGAUUUUGUUGCCAUGGCACUUGUCCUAGUGGUGGACUGACUGAGUCAUUCUGGUGAAUCGGUUCACAGCCCUCUGACUCCACAUGUGGGGAAAAGUGCAUGUGGAGUGGACUUAACGUACUGCGGGUUUCCAGUCACCAACAAGUGAAUAAGAUUUAGCUUUUGUUUUAAAACUGAUUUUUUUGUUACCAUUAUUUUAACACGAUUCAGUUGUAAUUGUGCCUUUAUCAUGCAUGGUGAAGAUUUCCUUUCACGUUCUACAUUUAAAUUGAUUUAGAUUGAUUGAAAUCAGGACAUGUAUUGAGCGUGUGUAAAACUUGUCCCUUUAUUUAAAAUCCUAUGUUGGUGAGUCGUUAUUAAAUUGGGUACAAUGAAUGACUGAAUGGUAACCUGUGGAAGAUGAUGAGGGCCAAAGACUGUUCAGGACUAAGCCAUAUGAAAAACUCUCUCUGACACUCUAGGACAGACUUGAAAGUGACUGCUGUUUCUAAGUCAACUAUCGUUUCACUCUGUUUUCUGCUUGUGGUGCUUGUAUGUGCUGCUGUGCUACAUGCCAAUUUAUUUUGCAGUGUAUAGCUAUUAAGAGUAAGUUACUGUGCCUAUGAUGAGUUCUGCAAUUUCUGUUUGACCUUUAAUAAAA